UUGCAAAUGUUUAUUUUGUUCUAAAAAAUUAGUUCUGAGUCAAGCGCUUGAAAAAUAUUAAAAUUGUGAGAAUAUCGCGGUGAUUAUGACGGAGUAAAAAACAUUAAAAUGGCACAAAUAUCAAACUGGGAUAAAUUUGUACUGUUGUUGUGGAAAAAUUGGAUCCUUCAAUGGAGUCGCAAGCGGCAAUUGUUUUUCGAACUAUUAUUUCCAAUAAUUUAUCCAUUGUUGUUGAUUAUGGUUCAUAGUCACGUUGAAAUAAAACAGAUGCCUGCGGUGCACUAUCCACCACUUUCUAUAGAUAAUUUGGAUCUGUUCAGAUACAGUGAUUCGACGAUUUUACUGAAGAGUACGGAAAUUCCACAAUAUUCCCUAUAUUAUUCCCCAAAAAAUGAUGUUCUGGAUAGUGUGGUUGGUGAAGCGGCCAAAAGUUUGGGCUUAAACCAUACGGGAUUUAAGGAUGCGAAAACUCUACAAACUAGUGUAUUAGAAAGCAAUGCCUUCGCUGGCAUCGAAUUUGAUGAAUCGUGGUCGGACUUAAAAGAAUUGCCGGAUAAUUUUAAGUACACAAUGCGAUUUCCAUCGGAACUGCGUACGUCAAUCUUUGGGUUUGGUUCAACAUGGGAAACUAAUAAGAUAUUUUGGGAUACCGGUGAGAGUGGACCUCGUAACCUCGAAUAUAAUGAUGGUGGAGUACCAGCCGGUUAUCUACGUGAAGGUUUCAUACCUAUUCAGCAUGCUUUGAGCAUGUCCUAUAUAAGGAAAAAGUCGGGUCAAGAAGAAUUACCUGAGGUUGUCAUGCAACGGUAUCCACAUCCCCCCUAUGACUAUGAUGCGUUGCUUCAGUAUUUAGACAAAAUAUUAUCAUCUAUUAUGCUGCUCUCUUUCUUGUCUCCUUUCGUAACUAUUACUAGGUAUGUAACGGCAGAGAAGGAGAAACAACAAAAGGAAGUGAUGAAAAUAAUGGGAUUGAACAAUUGGUUACAUUGGGCCGCCUGGUUUGUCACAUCGUUCACACAGCUUAUGAUUUCUGCAAUAAUCAUGGUUGCAUUGCUCAAGAUACCUUGGAAAAACGGUGUUGCCAUCUUAUCCAAAUGCAGCUUUACGGCACUGUUGUUUUUUAUUAUGAUCUACAUAGUCGCCACAAUAUGCUUCUGCUUUAUGAUCGCACCGAUCUUUACAAAAGCGAGCACAGCGUCAGCUGUCACAGGAGUAAUUUUGUGUAUCGCUUAUUUGCCACUCACUUCUAUAGAUCCUAAUACGUUGUCGCUGGCUUCGAAGCUCGGAUGGAGCUUAAUAUCAAACACGGCAUUGAAAUUGGGCGUGACGUUGAUAGUCCAAUUUGAGAACACUGAUGACGGUUUUCAAUGGAAUAAGAUCUUUCCGCCUGCUUCAAUUAAUGAUCUAACUGUUGGCGACGUUAUGAUUAUGAUGGUCAUCUCGAGUGCUAUCUAUUUGUGCAUCGGUCUCUACAUAGAACAGGUAUUUCCGGGUGACUUUGGUGUACCACGCAAAUGGUAUUUCCCAUUCACCCGUUCUUUCUGGUUCGGCGAACGAAUUAACGAGAAUAUACCCUACAAUAAUGAUCAAGUAAAUCGGAGAAGUUCUGCGGCCUUCGAGGCCGAGCCAGAUGAUAAAAAAAUAGGCUUACUGAUAAGAAAUAUGAAGAAGAAGUUUGGCAAAAAAUUGGUUGUCAACGGCUUAUCGAUAAAUAUGUUUGAGGACGAAAUAACCGUACUUCUCGGACAUAAUGGAGCCGGAAAGACGACCACAAUUUCAAUGUUAACGGGCAUGUUUCCUCCCACAUCCGGUACGGCGAUCAUUAAUGGCUGCGAUAUUCGAACCAAUAUCGAGGGAGCUCGCAUGUCCCUCAGCAUUUGUCCGCAGCAUAAUGUUCUCUUCGAUGAUAUGAGUGUGGGGAAUCACCUACGUUUCUUCAGCCGCAUGAAGGGACUGAAGGGUGAUGCUGUGGAAGCGCAAGUCCAGAAAUAUCUAAAAUUAAUUGAACUUGAAAACAAAGAAACAUCUAAAGCAGGAACAUUAUCGGGGGGCAUGAAACGUAAACUGUCCGUUUGUUGUGCCCUUUGUGGCGACUCGAAGGUUGUCCUUUGCGAUGAACCCAGCUCUGGAAUGGAUCCUGCAGCGCGACGACAACUCUGGGAUCUAUUGCGGAAAGAAAAGAUGGGACGUACCAUUCUCUUGACCACACAUUUCAUGGAUGAGGCCGAUGUCCUGGGCGAUCGCAUUACCAUCAUGUGCGACGGUGAGCUCAAGUGUUACGGUUCAUCCUUCUUCCUCAAAAAACACUUCGGAUCCGGCUAUAGCUUGAUCUGUGUAAAGGAAGAAAAUUGUAAUCCCGCUGAAGUGACGGCCUUACUGGCCCUCUAUAUACCCGGAAUACAGCCUAAGAGCGACAUUGGUGCUGAAUUAUCAUACGCAUUGCCGGAUAAAUAUUCCGAUAGAUUUGAGAAGAUGCUCGGUGCACUCGAGGAUCGAUCUGCAGAAUUGCAUUUGAGUGGAUAUGGCAUUGGUAUCACCUCAAUGGAGGAGGUCUUCAUGAAGGUGGGCGCCGAAAUCAAUGCCGAAAGCGAUGCCAUGGAGAACCGCAAAAAGGCUGGAGCAGAUUGGAAAGGUACCUCUCGUUAUUCGGACGAUGGUAAUGAAUCGAUGCGGUCUGAUCGGGCCUUCACAGAUCAAAAUCACUUGUUACGUGGAAUGCAAUUGACGUUGAAUCAAUGCCAUGCCAUGAUGAUGAAAAAGAUGCUCUACACUUGGAGAAACAAACUAUUGUUCUUUAUACAGAAUCUAGUGCCUAAAUUAUUUGUUGUCAUCACUUUAUUGUCAUCAAGCGCACUAAGCUCAUUCCGUGAACUACCGCCAAUGAAAAUAUGCCGAGAGCAAUAUCCACAGACGGUUACGGUUAUGGAAAGAUACCAAAACCUAACACACAAUUCAACUGGAACCAAUGUGGCCAACCAUUAUGAGGAAUUGGCCAAAUCGAUUGGUAGUUCUCAUCUUUAUGCGUCUACUGGCAAUAAGAACUUUACCAAAUAUAUCCUUGAUCUCGGCGCUUCAAUACAGUCGCAUAUCAAUACCCAUUAUGUGGUUGCCGCAAGUAUGGGAGAUGAUCGCAUCAUAGCCUGGUUAAAUAAUGAACCACUGCAUACGGCCCCUUUAACUGUGAAUAUGGUGCACAAUGCAAUUGCUCGACUCUAUGUUGGUGAAGAUGCGACAAUAGAAGUCACCAAUCAUCCAUAUCCAUAUAGCAAGAAAACGGAAUUAUCCGAACAGAUUCUUAGACAAAUUAUGAGCACAAUUAUGGGGAUAGUGAUGGCAACGAAUUUGGGCAUUUGUAUGUGCUUUGUGAGUACGAUGUAUAUUUUAUUUUUGAUCAAGGAACGUCAGUCUCGUGCCAAAUUAUUGCAAUUUGUGAGUGGAGUGAGAGUUUGGACAUUUUGGUUAAUCAAUUACAUUUGGGACUUUUUCACAUUAACGAUUACGUGUGUCAUUAUUAUAAUAACCAUUUUUUGCUUCCAAGUGGAAGGUUUUAUGAAAUUCGAUGAACUGGGACGAUAUUUUCUGUUGCUCAUCGUGUUUGCUUUUGCCGUAUUGCCCUUCACUUAUCUACUCUCUUUGCUAUUUGAGGAUCCGGCAACGGGUUUUAGCCGCGUUACAACUAUCAAUAUGAUAUUUGGCGUAGUCGUUUUCUGGGUGGUUUGGAUCAUGUCAAUGUUAGGGGACGAAGAGGAAAAAACUUCUACUCUUCUCAGCUCUAUAUUCCGUAUUUUUCCCCAUUUUUCAUUGGUGAUGGGGCUGAAUAAGGCAUACAGUUUUGUUCUCACACAGAGUGUAUGCGAAAAUUACGGUAGUGUAUCCUCUAAACUUAUCUGUGAGAUGGAUUCAAAGUGCUGCAAUGUGGAUUCUAUAUUUCGCUGGGACGAUCCGGGUAUUAUGAAGGAACUUGUCUAUAUGAUGUGCACAGGAAUUGUCUGUUUCCUUGUGCUCGUCAUAGGCGACAUGGGCUUAAUCAAUGAGCUCAUCCUUAUCGUACGCAAGCGAACAAUAAAAGCACCGCCACCACCAGAGGUUGUCGAUGAGGAUGUGGAGAGGGAGCGUCAACGUAUCCUGAAUAUGAAGCCACAUGAAAUGGCCGCCAAGAAUCUGGUAUUGGAUCGUGUAAGCAAAUGUUAUGGCUCCUUCACGGCCGUCAACCAGGUGUCACUAUGCGUCAAAGAGGUCGAGUGCUUUGGGCUAUUGGGAGUCAAUGGUGCCGGCAAGACGACAACGUUUAAGAUGUUGACGGGCGAUGAGAAAAUCAGUUGGGGAUCUGCGUAUGUUCAGGGUCUGAAUCUGCAGACCCAUAUGGGUCAAGUCUAUAGACGAAUUGGCUAUUGUCCACAAUUCGAUGCAUUACUAGAUAAUGUAACUGGACGUGAGAUGUUACGAAUAUUUUGUUUACUUCGUGGCGUUCCAAAGGAAAAUAUCAAACCAAUUUCCGAGGAUUUGGCCAAAUCAUUUGGUUUCAUGAAGCAUAUCGAUAAAUUCACGGUCACCUACAGUGGCGGCAAUAAGCGUAAGCUGAGUGCAGCGAUUGCCAUGAUUGGAUCACCAUCGGUUAUAUAUCUAGACGAGCCCACCACGGGCAUGGAUCCAGCUGCCCGACGUCAGCUGUGGAACAUGGUCUGUAGCAUUCGUGACUCGGGCAAAUCCAUUGUUCUCACUUCGCACAGCAUGGAGGAAUGCGAGGCACUUUGCACACGUCUCGCCAUUAUGGUGAAUGGUGAAUUCAAGUGCAUUGGAUCCACUCAGCAUUUGAAGAACAGAUUCUCCAAGGGUCUUAUUCUUAAGAUCAAAGUGCGACGCAGUAAAAGUGGUCUUAGAUCCUCUCAGCUCAGCGGCAACGGUAGCAGAUAUCGGACACAAGUUUCCGAAGUCUCAAUACCAUCGACACCGGUGCAAUGUCAAAACUCGAGUGAUGUUCCACUGCUUCGCAGUGUGAAGAUCAUUAAAAUACCACACAGCAGCAAUGACAGCUUGCAACGUAUUUCUGAUGAUCAAAUGGACACCGCAGGGAGCGAUCGCGACAACAUCGAUGAAGUGACAGCAGAACUCAGGCGAAAUCCGGAUGCGAUUCCAGGAUUCAGUGGCCAGAAAAUGGAGGAUAGUAUUGACAAUGUGAAGAAGUUUGUGGAUCAACAUUUUCCACAAGCCAUUUUACAAGAGGAAUAUCAUGGCAUGUUGACCUAUUAUAUUCCUUUGAACGGCAUCAAAUGGUCGAAAAUCUUUGGUCUUAUGGAGCAAAGUCGCUGUAAACUGAAUGUGGAGGAUUAUUCGAUUAGUCAAACUUCAUUGGAGGAGAUAUUCUUGCACUUUGCUAAUAAGCAGCGUGAAGAUCCACGCACCACACAAGUGAAAAAUUCGAAAAACCAAAAGGAAUUGCAAAAUCAGAUGGAAAUGAGAGAUCGAAGGAAAACCCCCAAUCACCAGGAGCCUUAACAAUAAUGUAACAAAAGCAGACAGAAUUUGUUUUCACUAUAUCUACCAUUAAAACUGGUACAACUACAACAUCAGACUCUAUGUUGAGUGAAAACUAAAUACAUAUAAUAUACUUUAAAUAAAUGAUAUCUUGUGACUUA